AUGAUCAAUUCCCACAAGCAGCUAAUCACUUACUGACUCAGUGAUUGUGUCUCUGGGACUGGACAGGGAGCAGCAGGACGAUGGGCGACAAUUCCACCACUGGAUCCAUUGCUCCUCUGCAGCAGUUCAAUGUUGCUGACAUUAUUGUCGUGGUGGCUUAUUUUGCCUUGAACGUGGCUGUGGGAAUAUGGUCCUCGUGCAGGGUGAACAGGAAUACGGUCAGUGGCUACUUCCUCGCUGGCAGGAGCAUGGCAUGGUGGCCUAUUGGAGCAUCCCUCUUUGCCAGCAGCGAAGGAUCCGGGCUCUUUAUUGGCCUGGCUGGGACUGGCGCGGCUGGGGGAAUCGCCGUCGCUGGCUUUGAAUGGAACGCUACCUAUGUCCUGCUGGCGUUGGCCUGGGUGUUCGUGCCAGUCUACAUCUCCUCAGGGAUCGUCACCAUGCCGGAGUAUCUGCAGAGACGCUUUGGAGGGGCGAGAAUCCGGAUGUACCUCUCGGUCCUGUCACUCCUGCUCUCUGUCUUCACCAAAAUAUCGACGGAUCUGUACUCGGGGGCCCUGUUUGUGCAAGUCUGCCUGGGCUGGAACCUCUACCUCUCCACCGUCCUGAUGCUGGGGGUCACCGCCCUCUACACCAUCGCUGGGGGGCUGGCAGCUGUGAUCUACACGGACGCGCUGCAGACACUCAUCAUGGUCCUUGGCGCCGUGAUCCUCGCGGUAAGAGCGUUUAACCAUAUCGGAGGGUACCAGAACCUGGAAGAGGCGUAUUUAAAGGCUGUUCCGGCCAAAAUCAUCCCCAACAUGACAUGCCACCUGCCCCGAGCGGACGCUAUGCACCUCUUCCGAGAUCCCGUCUCCGGAGACCUCCCCUGGCCCGGCAUGACUUUCGGGCUGUCCGUCUUGGCCACGUGGUACUGGUGCACCGACCAGGUCAUUGUGCAGAGGUCUCUCUCGGCUAAGAACCUGAGUCACGCCAAAGCCGGCUCCAUCCUGGCGAGCUAUUUGAAAAUGCUGCCGCUGGGACUUAUCAUCAUGCCAGGGAUGAUCAGCCGGGUUCUCUAUCCAGACACCGUCAGCUGCGUCGAUCCGGACGAGUGCCUCCGAGCGUGUGGGUCCGAGGUGGGCUGCUCCAACAUCGCUUACCCCAAGCUGGUGGUGGAACUGAUGCCCAGUGGGCUGCGAGGGUUAAUGAUUGCCGUCAUGAUGGCUGCCCUGAUGUCCUCCCUCACCUCAGUGUUCAACAGCAGCAGCACCCUCUUCACCAUGGACAUCUGGAGGAAGCUCCGGCGGAAUGCCAAGGAGCGGGAGCUACUGCUGGUGGGAAGGACAGUCACGGUGGUUCUGGUCGCCAUCAGCGUGGUCUGGAUCCCCAUCCUGCAGAGCUCCAGCGGCGGCCAGCUCUACAUCUACAUCCAGUCCGUGACCAGCUGCCUCGCCCCGCCCAUCACGGCUGUGUUCGUCCUGGCGGUGUUCUGGAGACGAGCCAAUGAGCAGUUCAAGGUAACGUGUGGAUGUGCAUCAGCCAUAGACACAAAACACCUCCAGCGAGGCAUUCUAGAACUCCUUACUCAAAGAAUUAAAUUGAAGUGUAAGAGGAAUACAAAUUACGAAACGCCUCGUGUUAGUCAAAAAACCACAACAACACACAUUGAAAGAAGCAUCAAGGAACAACAAUAAUAAUACAAGUAGGUGUUGGGAGGUGAGUGUGAAAGACGGAGCAUGUGUGUGUGUCAGAGACACACUGUGUGUGUUUGU